ACGGUAUAGAGGUAAGAACUAGGCAAGCCCCAUUGGAGAUACUGUAUUCUAUUUAAGUAGAGUCCAGAGUCCAGUCCUCUCCAUCAUCCCCAUCACUUUGUAGAUCACUGAAUUUCUACUCUGUUCUUUUAUCCAAGAAAUAACUGAAAGUGGUCUUCUUUUUCUUCUUCUCCUGCUCUUGUCUUCUUUUAUCCAUGAAGGAAAUCAUGGGCGGUGAAGUGCACGUAGUGAUGCUCCCAUAUUUGGCCUUUGGCCACAUGAUCCCAUUCUUCCAUCUCUCCAUUGCCUUGGCCAAAUCUGGGAUCCGAGUUUCCUUCGUAUCAACUCCCAGAAACAUCGAUAGGCUCCCUAAACCACCUGUAAACCUAUCAGCUCUUUUAGAAUUUGUUCCGUUUCCCUUGCCCAUCGUCCCCAACACCAAUGGCGAGACCUUGCCUCCAAAUGCUGAGGCCACCGUCGACGUUCCUGCAGACAAGGUACCACUCUUGGAUGCCGCCUACAAUCUCCUUCGUGACCCCUUCAAGCAAUUCUUGUUUGACAAAUCACCCCAUUGGAUCAUCCAAGACUUUCUUGCUGACUGGACAAUCGACAUUGCCAAAGAAUUCUGCAUACCAAUUAUCGGGUUCUCCGUGUUCGCUGCUAUAACCAACGCCUUUAUUGGCCCGCCGGAUUUCAUGGUUGGAGAUGCUCGUAAGAGCGUUCGACCAACCGCCGAGAGUCUGAUGUCCCCACCCCCGUGGAUCCGUUUUGAGUCUUCUCUUGGCCUCCCCUCCUACGAAGCUGUUAGCUUUUUCCAUGGUUUUUUUGGGAAAGAUGGUCCAGCAGAAAAGAUAGCCACCGUUCUCCGUGAAAGCAAGGCCGUGGCCAUACGUACUUGUCCGGAUUUUGAAUGUGGCUACUUCGACGUGCUGGAGACGAUGUACGAAAAAGAAGUUAUUCCAGUUGGAUUAUUAUCUCCCACACCAAGUGAUCAUGGUGGUGACGAAGAGUGGAUCAAAAUUUUACACUGGCUUGAUCAACAGAAACCCAAAUCUGUGUUGUUUGUUGGGUUUGGAAGCGAGUGCAGACUGAGUAAAGAACAAAUUGAGGAGAUAGCUCGUGGGGUAGAGCUCUCCAAUUUCUCAUUUAUCUGGGCACUUAGAAAAUCUCACUGGGCAGGCAACGAUGAUGAAGUUCUACCUCAGGGAUUCAGCAGCCGGACCUCCGGCCGAGGAAUCGUUGGUAUGGGAUGGGCUCCACAACUGAAGAUUCUAGCCCACCCUUCAAUCAGGGGAUCCCUGUUUCACUCGGGAUGGGGUUCAGUCAUAGAGACCCUACAGUAUGUUCAUCGCCUUGUCUUGUUGCCACUGAUAAUCGAUCAAGGUAUAAAUGCAAAGCUGCUGGUGGAGAAGAAUUUAGCGAUUGAGGUAGAGAUAAAUGAAGAUGGGUCGUUCAGCGGGGAGUCCAUCGCCAAGGCAUUGAAACGAGCGAUGGCGUCUGAAGAAGGAGACGAAAUGAGUCAGAGAGCGAAGGAAACUGCUGCAAUAAUCUGCAAUCGUCUACGGGAAGCGGAAUACAUGAAUAAGUUCGUGAAGUAUCUCACAAAUAACCAUGAACGAGAGAUCGCAGGGAUAGAAAGCAGGAAAUAAAAUAGCGAUUGUGUGUGUGUCUGUUGUUUGUAUAAGAUUUUCUUUUCUGUGUUGUUCACUUAUCUUUGUGUCUGUUGUACGAGAUUUUCUUUUCUUCGUGAUUGUGUCUGUUUGGAACCCGGAUUUCCUGCACUUCUCAUUGAGGUGCUGUGCGUUGUGCGUAAACUUUGGGCAACUGACACAAAAGAAGGACUUGUCGAAACAGAGAAAGAGAACAGGUGAGAACCAAUUUAAUUACAGUCUCCAAAAUCAAA